UCUGGAUCCAGAAACAAACAUGAGCGCACCAGCGACGGCGUCAACCGCGAUGGAACCACGUGUCCUCAUCAACUACUACAUUCGCAAGGGAUGGUACGACCAUGUCCAGCGCUUGUGCGAAGGGAUCUUGGACAAGAAAGGAAACGACCCGGUGAUUACGUUUUGGCGUUGCUUCGGCAUCGUCAUGGAAGGCAGCAACUCGUCUGCGAUCCGCGAGCUUGAGAGCUUGAAGAAGAAGAAGGAAGUGGAGCUCCCUUGCAUUCAUGCGCUCAUUUAUGCCCACAACAAGUGCAAGAACGUGGACCACGAAGAAAUCGCGCAACUCGAGAUGCAAGUGGUCAUCGCCGAAGAAAGCGCCGGUGACACGGCCCAGCUCUUGAGCGCAAACUUCUUUUGGCACAUCAAAGAAUACCCCAAAGCGCGCAAGAUCUUGGAAAAUCUGAUGGGCGGCCGCAUUGCCGCCGCCACCCCCGUGCAAGUGAAAGCCACGAUCCUGCGCGGAUGGAUCGACUUGACGGCCGAACCAAAGACCAAACGUGAUUUGGAGCUCCGGGACAAUAGCCUCUCGUUCUUUGCCGACGUCAAGAGUGCCAACGACCCUGAGCAGCUCAUGGGCGUGGCCAAGUACUUUGACAUCAAGCGGGCGUAUCCCAAGUCCUUGGAAUGCUACGAUGAAAUCAUUGUCAAGUACACAUGGUUCAAGGAAGCUUUGAGUGAAAAGGCAUUGGUGCUACUCAAGACGGGCGAGUGGGACCAGUGUGUGGACAGCGCCGAGCGAGCCCUGGCCAACAGUUCGGAUGAUAUUGACGCGUUGCGGUUGCUGAUAUUGUACUUACUGACACGGGAAGGGCGUCCCAAGGAAGCGUCGAAUCGUAUUCGUGAGCUCAUGAAGGCGCUGUUGUCGACGGAACCGUCCAAUCCGCAGCUCUUUUACGACAUUGGCCGAUGCAUCGCGCGCAUUUCCGACCGCAACCACGAAGUGUUGUCGUGCAACUUGUGCUUUAUCGACCAAGCCAUCAAGUUGUCGCCCGAGAACGGAACGUUCCGCGCCGAGCGCGGGUACCAGCGGUCACUCAUGGGCGACUUUGCAGAAGCCAUCGAGGCAUACAAGGACGCGCUCAAGCUAGAUGAAAGCAACGAGUCGGCGCUGCACGGGUUGAUUUACUGCCAAGUCAAGCUGGGCCAAGUAGACGACGCGGCGCAGCAGAUGGAGUUUCUCAGCGUGAUCCAAGAAAGCAUUGGUAACGCCAGCGCGGACUUUGUGCUGCUGCAGGCCAUGUUGAGCUGGCACAAGGACGGCGACCGCGCCAAGCAGGUCAAGUUUCUGCAGAAAGCAGUGCAGUGUCACAUGGACAAGCUGAAGGACGUCAUGCAGACGGGGGAUGUGUCCACGUACGACAUGAUGAGCGUCCUGAACCCGCAGUUCCUCGUGGAAAUCGCGACCGAAUACAUCAAGUUGGAUGGCAUCGACGACGGCAAGAGCAUGGCGUCGCGCGGAGUGUCCAUCUUGGAAAAGCUCGUCAACAAGUCGCCUGGGUUUAUCGAAGUCCAAGUCGUGCUGGCCAACACCAAAUUUUGCGCCAACGAGUUUGACGAUGCAUACCGAGUUUGCAAUCUGAUUCUAAAGAUGAACCCCCUGCACGCUCAAGCGCACUUGCUCGUCGCGCGCAUCAGUUUGGAGCGCGAACAUUUCAAAGCGGCGUCCACGAGCUUGGACCAAGCGCUCAGCCACGACUUUUCUGUGCGCCAGUCGCCAUCGUUUCACAUUAUCAAGGCCAAACUCUUGGAGAACGACGGCAAUUUGAAGGAAGCGCUGGCGAUCCUCCAAAAUGCCAUGAAAGCCCCCACGGUGACUGUAGCGGCGGCCAAAGGCAAACGACCCGCCGCCGCCGCCGCCGCCGACAUGACGUUGUUCGACAAGGCGUCGAUUUAUAUCCAAAUGGCCACGGUACAAGCCCAGCUCAACAACGUCGGGGAAGCCACCCGACUGGUGAAAGAAGCGCUGCAAGUGUUCAAGGGAACACCACAGGAAGUGCGGGUUCUCGUCGCCAACAGUGAAUUGGCCAUCAAACGAGGCGAUUUCGACAAUGCCAUCAUCAUGCUCAACAACGUGCCGCAGGAAUCGCCAGCGUAUAUCAAAGCGCAAAUGAUCAAAGCUGACAUUUACCUGCAGCAUCGCAACGAGAAAAAGUUGUAUGCAGAGUGCUACAAGGAACUUGUACGCCUCAACCCGACGGCGGACGCGCUCGUGCGGCUAGCCGAGGCGUACCUGCGCAUCCAACAGCUGAACGACGCGAUCGAAUCCUACCGGUCGGCGCUGGUGCUGAGUCCCCACGAUGCGUCGCUGGCCAGCCGCAUCGGGCACAUCCUGGUCAAGAAGCACGACUACAUUUCGGCCAUCGAGUACUACGAGACGGCGCUGCGGGCUGCCCCCGACCAGACGCCGCUCCGUCGGGACCUAGCGAGUCUGCUGACCAAGCUGUCGCACUUUGACCAGGCGCUGCGUGUGGUGAAUGCGGCGCCGGCGGCGCCAGCGCGCACGGAAAUCAAAGACAUGCUGGAUGACAUCGAGUUGCAGCUGAUCCUACCGGACAUUUACAACGGCCUCGACCGAAAAGAUGAGUGCGUGACCCGGUUGCUCAAGGUGAUUGCGCUGCAAAAAGUCGUUCUGGACAAACUUCGCGACGAACAGCCCGAUGAAAUCCACCGCCAAACCCACCACUUGGCUAACACCAACUUCAAACUGGCGCAGAUUUACGCAGAGCAAAACGACGCGGAAAACGUUAUGAAGUACUGCACCAUGGCACUGCGGGCCAACGAAUCGCACGAAGAAGCGAUCUUGUGUCUAGCGCGAAUCUACAGCCAGCAGCAAAACUUGGAGCAAUGUCAGAUCAAAUGCUCGACCUUGUUGCGGCUAAAUCCUGCGCACGAAGAAGCUGCGAUGAUGUUGGCCGACGUUAUGCUGCAAAAAGAUGACAACGAAUCCGCCAUCUUUCACUUUCAAAACCUCCUCGAGAGCAAACCAGACAACUUUACCGUGCUUAGCCGGUUCAUCGUGAUGCUUCGACAGGCGGGCAAACUCGAUCGGGCGCCGCGGUUCCUCAAGCUGGCCGACCGGUCAGGUCCCCGCGUCGCGCACUCGGCGGGACUCCACUACUGCAAAGGGCUGUACAACCGCUUUCAAAACAACAUCCACGACGCUAUCCAAGAGUUCAACUUUGCGCGAAAGGACGGCGAGUGGGGCCAGCGCGCGCUCGUGCACAUGAUUGAGAUCUACAUCAACCCCGACAGCGAAAACCUGUGGGACAACCCCGAUGACUCGAACAAAGAUCAAAUGGAGAACAUGCGCAUUGCCAACGCAUUGCUGGACGAGCUGUCCCCCGACAAGUCGGUGCGCAUCCGCGUACUCGAGUGCUACGCGGCGAUGUCGGCCAAGACCAAACCCAUGGUGGAGAAGGCCACGGCCACGUUGCUCGAGCUGCUCGAGGAGGACCGCGACAACGUUCCGGCGUUGCUCGGUAUGUGUGUCUCACAACCAUCCAUCCAAAUGAACGACAGCCAUCCAUCCAAUGAACUACUUCUAUUAUAUAUUUUUUAUGUAGCGCUGGCCACGGCAUACAUGCUGGCAAAACAGCAGUCGAAAGCGCGAAACCAACUCAAACGCAUUGCAAAAAUGAACUACGACGCGGCCAUCCCCGACGAAUUCGAGCGCAGCUACAUCCUUCUCGCAGACAUUUACGUGAACCGAGCCAAGUACGACUUGGCCCAAGAGCUGUGCAAGAAGGCCCUCCAGCACAACAAGAGCUCGGGCAAGGCGUGGGAACUCCUGGGCCUGAUCAUGGAGAAGGAGCAGUCAUAUCAAGACGCGGCCGACUGCUACCAUGAGGCGUGGAAGUGCGGCGGAGAGGCGUCCGCGCCCAUCGGGUUCAAACUCGCGUUCAACUACCUCAAGGCCAAGCGAUUUGUGGAAGCGAUUGACGUGUCGCAGAAAGUACUCGACAAAUUCCCAGAUUACCCCAAGAUCCGCAAAGAAAUUCGCGAAAAGGCCCAGGCGGGGUUGCGCCCAUAAUCGAGGCGUUCGCCUUGUUGAAUAACAAUAUAUAUAUAUUAAUAUAUAAAAUUAUAUACUA